AUGAGCAAAGCUCACCAUCCCAAGUUAAAAAAAAAAAUUAUGGACAAGAAGUUAUCAUUGAAAUUAAAUGGUGGCAGAUAUGUUCGAGGAAUACCGCUUGGAUUUGACCCUUUUAAGAAUCUUGUGACAGAUAAAUGUGUGCAGAUGACAACUAGUGGGCAACAGAAAAAUAUCGGGCUUCCGGUGUAUGGAAAUAGCAUAAUCAUAUUAGAAGCCUUGGAAUGA